UUUUAAAAAUUUGUAUAUUUAGCGUAUCUUCCAAAAGAAAUUGAAUGGAAGCUGAAUUCAAGGACGUUUCAUUGUCUAUUACUACUAAUUCGGGUACGCCGAACUGGAAAAGUAGUUCACGGAGAGGUUCCUUAACGUGCUCUAUGGCUCUCGAUCUAAGGAUUUUUGUUUGGGCAUACUUUGAAAAUUUAUCUAUUGCUGUAAGGACGAUAUUUCGCUCAGUUAUGUAAAUAUCAAUGUGCAAUAUUUGCCCUGGCAAUUGUGGAAUAGGGGUUUCUCCUAAUUUGGGUUUGGUGGGGUUUCGGUCAUAUUUAUUUUCUUUACAAAUUGAGCACUGUUGGAUUAUUCUAUUUAUUUUUUUGGUCAUGGAAGGAAAGUAAAAAUUUUCCAGGAUUUGGGUUUUAUUUUCUCGACAGUUUCGAUGUGGUCUUUUGUGGGUUUUUACAAUGAUUUCUUUCUGUUCUUGUUCGUUUGUGACAUCCUGCACUUGCAUUUGUCUAAAUCGGAUUUUGUAGUUGUUAAAGUGUAUUGGAUAAAUUUCUUGGAUUUUUCCCAUAAUCCUUUCCUCUGUUUUAAUACAGUUGACAACGGAAGGAUUAAGGUAUCAUUUCAGAAGGUUCUUUAAAGUUUCGGGGGUAUAAUCAGGUUCUUCGAAAAUGUGUCUGUGGUAAGUAGGGAACACUAUUUUAAAUUGAUAUGUUGAGGCUUCGGCUAUAUUCAAAAAAAUUUGGUUUUUGAAUACGUUUAUUGGUGUUUCUACGGAUGGGAUUAGGUUAUGCGAUGAGCUUUCAUCGCUGUGUUGGGAUACUGAUAGGGAAUUUAUGGGUUCACCUGGCAUCCUUGAUAGCGCAUCGGCUACGACAUUAGUUGUGCCAGGUUUAUACAGAAGCUCGUGAUUAUAUUCUUCAAGGAUGGCUUUCCAGCGCUUCAUUUUGGAAUUGUUGUUUUUUAUUGCUUAGGGCCUGCGUUAGCGGCUGGUGAUCCGUGAAUAUUUUGACUCUUGCUGAGCCGUACAGAUAGUUUCUAAAAUUGUUCAGGGCCCAUAUUAUAGCUAGGAACUCUUUCUCGUUCGUAGCGUAGGCUUCUUCGGUCUUAGUGAGUGUUCGCGAUAGUGAUGUGCCGAGUCGAGUCGACUCGAGUUCUGACUCGAGUAUUUUAGAAGUACUCACGUACUCGAGUAAGCAAAUUAUAGUAUUCGGAUACACAGACUCGAGUACGGGUCUCGAGUACUUAUAGUUAUCAAACACCGAAUUUAGCGUUAAAAAAAAUAUAUAUAUUUACCAAAUACACCACACAACUAUUUGCGCAAAUACUAAUUGGUGAAAAUAUGAAUCAAAUAGCAUUACGAAAAAUUCUUAUUUGUACCAAUUAUUGUUUGCGCAAAUACUUGUGUGGCGAAGGCGCCCUAUUAGUUUCCAUUCACUUUGUAUCAUAUCGACAGUUACCAAUUAAUCGAUACUUAUGUAUGUAAAAGUUUAGUCGUGUCACCGCCAACAUUGGGCUCCAACCGCUAACACUAUUGACGGAUAAGAUGACUGCAUUUUUGAUUUCAUAAUAAAUACUUUGCCUAUGUUAUAUUAUCAAUUUCCAAUCUUUAACUAACUUUAUUUGCAAUUGUGUUGACGCAAUCAUGGCUCCAAAACGUUCGUCUGAUAUUUGGAAUUUUUAUAAUAAAAUUGAAAAUAAGAAAUUGGAGUGCAGAGAAUGUAAAAAAACGUUUGCUGAUUUUGGAAAUACAACGAAUUUGUUGAAGCAUUUUAGAAAAGUGCAUUCUCUAAUAUAUUUAACAUGUAUAGAAAAAACACGUAAACAAGAUCAAAGCCAAAACAAUAAUUUGGAUUUAGAUUCGGUUACAUCUAGCAGUCAAUCACUAGAAGCAAGGGUGGAUAAUGAAAAUGGAGACCAAGCUCAAGGUGAAGGUGCUCAAAGUCGUAGAAGACCGUUACAGAUGACAUUUUUAUCAAAAGAGGCUGCACAGGUCAAUUCAAGGAAUGUGAACAGAGAACUAGUUAAUAUGAUCUGUGUAGAUUUGCAACCAUUGUCUAUAGUUGAAGAUGAAGGUUUCCGAAACUAUACUUACCAGCUAAACCCCAACUAUAGUCUGCCUUCAAGAAAAAUGCUAGCAGAAAAAUUACUACCCCAACAAUAUGAUGUUUCAAAAGCAGCACUAAUUGAAAUGUUACAGCAGGUGGAUUUUGUAGCAGGCACAACUGAUUUAUGGACAUCGGACAGUAAUAAAAAUUAUUUGACUUUGACGAUCCAUUUCAUUUAUCAAGGUCAGGCAGAAUCUCGGGUAUUGGCCACCAAAGAAAUGACAGAGUCACAUACAUCAGAAAACAUAGCAAGUUUACUGCGCCAAGUACUUGAAGAGGAAUGGAAAAUUUUUGAUAAAGUUGUAUGCAUUACUACAGAUAAUGCAAGUAAUAUGAAAAAAGCAGUAAUAGAAAUUUUGCAGAAACGUCAUCAUUCUUGUGUAGCACAUACUUUAAAUUUAACAGUCUCUGAUUGCAUGAAAGAUAAUGAGCAGCUAUCUCUUUUAACGGGGAAAUGUCGUGAAAUCGUUACUUAUUUUAAAAGAAGUAAUGUUGCGUCCUACAAGCUUCAAGAAAUUCAAGAGCAGAUGAAUUUAGAAAAACUGAAAUUACAACAAGAUGUUCAAACACGCUGGAACUCUACUUUCAUCAUGUUUGAUAGAUUAGACAGAGUCAAGAUACCACUAUCAGCUGCGUUGUCUUCCUUGCCUUCAUCUCCUUAUAACUUGACCAGUGAAGAAUGGAAUGUGUUACAAGAAUGCGUGAUUAUUUUGAGACCAGUGGAGCAGCUUACUACCAUUUUAUCUGGUCAACAGUAUCCUACAUUGUCGUGUGUUAUCCCGCUUAUCCGAGGUGUUCAAUCAUCCCUCAAGAGCUAUUCAAUGUCCACUAAUAUAGCGAUAUCUUUACAAAAUAAACUUAUAGAAACCAUCGAAAGGCGUUUAGGCGUUUAUGAAACUAACAAAACAGCAGCUAAAGCCACAUUUCUUGAUCCAAGAUUCAAAAAGGCUGGUUUUGGAAAGGAAAGAAAUGCUGAGAGUGUUCAGAGUUGGGUAAUUGAGGAAUUAACAUGCCAUGAACAUGAAUCAUUCACCGCUAGUGAGUUUCCAUCAUCAUAUUCAACCGCGCAGCUGCAGCACUUGAGUUCCGAUGCCCAAGUUUCUCCGAAUUCAAACCAACAUCUCCAGCGCCAAACAGGUGCGAAUGAUUCAGCGAAUGAUUUAUUGUGGAACUAUUUGGAUAAAAAAGUGCAACAGCAGUCGAAUAUGGCUACUCCCACCUCCUCUGCUAUCGUCAAGGUGAAACAAUACGUUCAACUUCCUUACCUACAACGAAAUAUGGAUCCGUGCGAAUUUUGGGAGAGUAGAAAAAUUAUUUCCAAAGGUUUGUACAAAAUGUCUCAAAAGUAUUUGUGCAUUCCAGCGACUUCUGUUCCUUCCGAACGAGUUUUUUCGACAGCGGGGUUGUUAUGCAACAACCGUAGAAAUAGAUUAGAACCGAAAAAGGUUGAUCAAAUAUUAUUUUUGAAUAGUCAUCGUAAAAAUAAAAAAGUGUACAAAAAUCCUAUCUGAACUGUUAUUUUAAAUUUCACUAUAAAGUUAUCAAACAAAGUACAUACUUUGGUUUGUAUUUAUUUAAAUGUAAUAUCGUAGAUAUUAAUUGCCAAAGAUGAAAGGAAUUUUAAAUUCCAAAGGAGUAAUUUUAUUGUUUAUGAAUCUAGAUCUCAUGGAAUAUUGUCGUUACAAUUGAAGUACUAGUUGAACUUUUAAAGUACUGAAGAUUUAUUUGUUUUAACUCAUUAUUUACUUUGGAUAUUUUUUUUAUGACAGACUACUAAGUUCUAGUUCUACCAUGAUAAAUAAAGCAACUGUUA